AAAAGGAAAUAAAGGGGUAAAUUAGUAAAUUAAGUGUCCUUUCGGAACAACAACAAGUUGCUUUAAAAAUGUUUUAAGCAGAAAAUCAAAGACCCGCUCCGUUCGGGUUCGGGUCAAAAAACAGCCAUUGUUGUUCUUUCUUCUUUCUUCUGAUUCCUCCAUUUCAAAUAAGAGAGAGAGAGAAGUAAGUAAAACUUUAGUAGAGAGAAGAAUAAACAAAUAAUAAUAAUCGCACCGCCACGUCGCCGCCGUAUUUCGUCACCGGAAAAAAUAAUCAUUCUUCUAAGUUUUUAUCUUUUGCAAACCAAAAAAAAUAAAAACAGUCUCUUUCUUUCUUUCUUUGUCCAUCUUUUUUUUUUUUGGGGGGGUUUGAUUAUUCUCUGUGUAGCCAUGUUCUGCAACAGUUGAGCAAGUGCAUGCCCCAUAUCUCUCUAUUUCUCAUUUCCCGAUCUUCACCAUUAAUCAAUAUACUCCUCCUGGGAUCUCGAUCUCUCUGUUCUUAAGGUGAAACGACACCAGCUUCUGUCGUUUUAGUUAGCUCGAGAUCUGUGUUUCUUUUUCUUGGCUUCUGAGCUUUUGGCGGUGGUGGGUUUUUCUGGAGAAACCCAAAGGACAAUCAAAGUUUUGGUCUUUUUUUUUCUUUAAUGAGAGUUAUGAGUGGGAUUAUUAAGUAAUUUACAAGUAUGAAGGAGUUGAAGAUUCGAAGAAGCGGCUUUGAAGUCGGCGAGACGAAGAUUGCGAGCUUAUUUGGCUGAUUUUAGUUCUGUGAGGAGAAGAAGAAAUAAAUCUGUUUUUUUUUUUUUAGGGUUUUUAGAUUUGGUUGGUGAAUGGGUGGGAGGUGGAGGGAAACAGUUAAAAAAGUUAUGCUUUUAUUGUCUCUUCCUCAUUAUUACAUUUGGGAAUCUUGAAAUUGUUGGAUCUUUGAAGAAACAAAGUUGAGGUUUUUUUUUUUUUUUUGGUUCUUGUUGUUUGCUUUUGAAGUUAGAGAAAAAAAAUGAGAUUAUCUUCAGCUGGGUUUAAUCCUCAACCUCAUGAAGUUACAGGAGAGAAAAGAGUUCUUAAUUCUGAGCUCUGGCAUGCUUGUGCUGGUCCUCUUGUCUCACUACCUCCUGUUGGAAGCAGAGUUGUGUAUUUCCCUCAAGGUCACAGUGAACAGGUUGCCGCUUCGACUAACAAAGAAGUAGAUGCUCAUAUACCAAAUUACCCGAGUUUGCAUCCGCAGCUUAUCUGUCAGCUUCACAAUGUCACAAUGCAUGCUGAUGUGGAGACUGAUGAAGUCUAUGCACAGAUGACUUUGCAACCGUUGAAUGCGCAAGAGCAAAAAGAUCCCUACCUUCCGGCAGAAUUAGGUGUCCCGAGUAGACAGCCUACAAACUAUUUCUGUAAAACUCUGACUGCUAGUGAUACAAGCACUCAUGGAGGUUUCUCUGUACCUCGCCGAGCUGCUGAGAAAGUUUUCCCUCCCUUGGACUACUCGCAGCAGCCUCCAGCUCAAGAGUUAAUGGCAAGGGAUCUGCAUGAUAAUGAAUGGAAGUUCAGGCAUAUUUUCCGAGGCCAACCAAAGAGACAUCUCCUUACUACAGGUUGGAGCGUAUUCGUGAGUGCUAAAAGGCUUGUUGCCGGUGACUCUGUGCUUUUCAUCUGGAACGAUAAGAAUCAAUUACUUCUUGGUAUAAGACGAGCCAACCGGCCACAAACUGUCAUGCCUUCCUCUGUUUUGUCAAGUGACAGUAUGCAUUUAGGCCUUCUUGCUGCAGCAGCUCAUGCUGCCGCCACUAACAGCCGAUUCACCAUAUUCUAUAACCCGAGGGCGAGUCCAUCAGAGUUCGUUAUACCCCUGGCUAAGUAUGUGAAAGCGGUUUAUCACACUCGCGUCUCUGUUGGCAUGCGGUUUAGGAUGCUGUUUGAAACCGAAGAAUCAAGUGUUCGUCGGUACAUGGGUACAAUAACUGGCAUUUGUGAUCUAGAUCCUUCUCGUUGGGCUAAUUCGCAUUGGCGGUCUGUCAAGGUUGGGUGGGACGAGUCUACAGCAGGAGAGAGGCAGCCGAGGGUUUCCUUGUGGGAGAUUGAGCCUUUAACAACAUUCCCUAUGUAUCCAUCUCCUUUUCCUCUCAGGCUGAAACGUCCGUGGCCUCCUGGUCUCCCAUCUUUCCAUGGCCUUAAAGAAGAUGAUAUGGGUAUGAGUAUGAGUUCACCGCUUAUGUGGGAUCGAGGACUCCAGUCUCUAAACUUUCAAGGUAUGGGAGGAAACCCGUGGAUGCAGCCAAGACUUGAUGCUUCGGGUUUGCUUGGUAUGCAAAACGAUGUGUACCAAGCAAUGGCUGCAGCUGCCCUUCAAGACAUGAGAGGCAUUGAUCCCGCAAAAGCUGCUGCUUCACUUCUUCAAUUCCAAAAUUCCUCGGGAUUCUCAAUGCAAUCUCCGUCCUUAGUGCAGCCGCAGAUGCUGCAGCAGCAACUCUCUCAGCAGCAGCAGCAGCAACUCUCUCAGCAGCAGCAGCAACUCUCUCAGCAGCAGCAGCAGCAGCAGCAACUCUCUCAGCAGCAGCAGCAACAACAGCUCUCUCAGCAGCAGCAACAACAGCUCUCUCAGCAGCAGCAGCAACAUGCGUAUCUCGGCGUUCCUGAAACCCACCAGCCUCAAUCUCAGGCUCAAUCACAGUCAAACAAUCAUCUUUCUCAGCAGCAGCAGCAAGUAGAGAAUAAUCAUAAUCCGUCUGCGUCCAGUGCUGCUGUUGUUUCUGCUAUGUCUCAAUAUGGUUCUGCUUCUCAGUCCAACACGUCACCACUCCAGUCCAUGACUUCUCUGUGUCAUCAACAAAGCUUCUCCGACACUAACGGAGGAAACAAUCCUAUUUCUCCGCUUCACACUCUUCUCAGCAACUUCUCUCAAGACGAGUCUUCUCAACUGCUCAACCUCACUAGAACAAACUCUGCAAUGACUUCAUCCGGAUGGCCAUCAAAGCGUCCUGCAGUUGAAUCAGAGUGUUCUAUCGAGCAAGAAGUAAGCGCCUCAGACCCGCAUAGCCAUCUUCUCUUUGGAGUCAACAUAGAUUCAUCUUCUCUUUUGAUGCCGAACGGAAUGUCAAACCUUAGAAGCAUUGGCAUUGAAGGUGGUGACUCCACGGCUUUACCCUUCACAUCAUCUAAUUUCAACAACGAUUUCUCGGGUAAUCUUGCAAUGACAACGCCUUCUAGUUGUAUAGAUGAAUCGGGUUUUCUACAAUCCUCAGAAAACCUCGGUACCGAGAACCCGCAAUCUAACACCUUUGUGAAGGUGUACAAGUCAGGGUCUUUUGGAAGAUCGCUAGAUAUAUCAAAAUUUAGCAGCUACCACGAGCUGCGAAGCGAGCUUGCUCGCAUGUUUGGCCUCGAAGGCCAAUUAGAAGACCCUGUGAGAUCAGGCUGGCAGCUUGUAUUUGUUGACCGAGAGAACGACGUUCUUCUCCUCGGCGAUGAUCCUUGGCCGGAGUUUGUGAGCAGUGUGUGGUGCAUUAAGAUACUAUCACCACAAGAAGUGCAGCAAAUGGGUAAAAGAGGCCUUGAGCUUCUCAAUUCCGCGCCAUCUUCCAACAAUGUCGAUAAGCUCCCGAGCAACGGGAACUGCGAUGACUUUGGGAACCGGUCAGACCCGAGGAAUCUCGGUAACGGUAUCGCAUCAGUUGGGGGUUCAUUCAACUACUAGAAGUAGAAGGAAACCCCCAUUUUUAUUCAAGUUAAGUUUCAAUCAUAUAAAUUAGUAGUGAGAUCCUCUUAGUUUAAUUACUAGCAAAAUCUCUCUUUAUUACUUAUUAAAAAAGGGGAGAUAUGCCUUUGCCUUUGUGGAAACAAAAAACUAUAUAAUCCCUCUGUCGACUCUUAAUACUGUAAUUAUAAGAUCUUUUGGUCUUUUUCUUAUAUGAAUAUUUUUUACUCAACU